ACGAUUACAAACGUUUUGCACGAAGUUUCAACUGUAGAAUGCGUUUCAGUACGUUUGUAGUUCAAGGCAUGAAGUACAUUUUAUUACACUCCAAACAGAAGCUUCACGCGAUUUGUUUUCAUAAUGUUAUUAGUCAGUCAGUGGUAGCUAUCAUUCUACAACAAUUUUUACAAUUGUAAUUUUGUCGUUUGUGCAUUCAGCACAAUCAUAAAACCUGAAAAUGAUACAACGGUGUUUAGGUAAACCUUAUUUAAUUUUAUGCAUUAUUAUUGUUUGGACUUUUGUAAAUUUAUCGGAUGUGGUCGCGAGCAGCGCUCGACCGUGCUGGUGUCAAGAUGAGACAAACAACGAGGAGCCGCUUUUUCAGAUUGUUGGCAUAACGCCCAAUCGGACGAUGGCACUGCAGAAUGUCGAAUUAUUUACAAAUAUUUUGAAAUCCCCGAUUGUUGGCAACAAGAAGAUCGCCAUUGUUGGAAUCGUGGGAAAAUAUCGCGGAGGGAAAUCUACGCUGUUAAAUAUUGUGCAUCGCUAUCUGCUGUGUUUGCCAAAAAAUGUCAGCAACCAGGACAUGUCAAUGGACAGUUGGUUAUAUGAACGUGAGGAUUUCCCAUCGUGCCGCAACGUUUUUGGCACGGCAUCGACGAGUAAAGGCUUCACGAAAGGCCUUUGGAUUACUCGGCAGCCCGUCAUACUUCCGGAUGAGAAUGGCGACGAUGUUGCCGUAUUCCUCAUUGACACCCAGGGCAUGAUGGAUAACAUCAAUAACCAGGCGGCUGAAUCACCUUUGUUUUAUCUGACCAGCAUGCUUUCCUCCACCCUGAUCAUCAACACAAUGGGCGUUCUGGAUCGGCAGUUAACGGAUCUCGUGGGCAGUUUGACCUUACAAGUGACUAGUGCUAUGGCCAAAGAAAAUUUUGCGGGUGCCGGAAAAAUGUUACAGCAGUUGGUAUUCCUUGUGCGUGAUUGGGAUCUGGAGCACGAAUACGGAUGGCAUGGCGGCAAAGCAUAUCUACAGGAGUAUUUUGAAAUGGAUCAAGAGCGAUCAGCCAGCGUAUCCCAAGAACUGGAGGCCGGCUACAACAAUGUAUCUUGCUUUUUGAUGCCCAAAAUUGCAGCCAGUACCAAGAACUUGAAAAUCCUCCCUUCCAUUUUAGCCGAUGACUUUGGACCAGAAUGUGAGUCUUUCUUGGACAAUUUGUUCAAAGCACCCCAUAUACAACCUAAAAAAGUUUUUGGAAAGGCCGUCAAGGGUACACAAUUCGUUCAACAUGUGGAGCUAUAUUCCAACAUGUUUAAAAAUGGCACUCUUCAAUCUGUCGGCGAUGUUUAUUCUCUCCAGUUGGAUCUCAUGGUGCGUGAGAGCAUUGCGGCAAUCGUCAACAAAUACCGGGACGAUAUGAACGCCUUCCUCACGGAUUUGGAGGAAGUGACCGAUGAAGACUUGAUGAACAUCCACCAGUACCAUUAUGCACAGGGGCUAGUCGCUCUCCGCAACACGACUAUACUGACGCGAAAGCAGGCGAUUCUGGAGAAAGGUCUGGGCAUUUACAAUAAAACCACGAAGGCAUUGCAUGCAGAAUAUUCACGACAACAGCAAGAGAAACGAACCAUACUCAUGGAGCGUUUGCGAGGGAUAGCGCGGGCUUCAGUUGAACUGGCAAAGCAGCAGUAUCGUGCUCGCAUGGAAGAGGAUAUAGCUAAGAAUUUCUACAAUAUUCCCGAACUGAUGGAGCAGCACACCAAAUGGAAAAAUGCCAUGAAAGAAAUGUACUUGACCAACAACACCGAAAUCAAGCGAAAGUCAGAGAUCCACAACGAGGCAGUGUUUUUGUUCAAUACGGAAACAGAUCUGCUGGCUGAUGAUUUCGUGCGCACGAUUGUCCGCGAAGAAGAAGAACUGAAUAGCGCCAUUAUUGAUGCAGAACAUGAAUAUGUUAAAAUUAUGGAUGAGAGUCUUGUGGAGUUGCCGUUACCCGAGUACGUACUGCAAGAAAAGAGCAGCAAAGCCUCGCGAUCGGUGCGCAAUCGGUUCCUCCAAACUCGUGUCUUAAAGUCCAAACCGGCAACUAUUCCAUAUCACGACGAGAUGUUGGACGUUCUUUUACAAAACGAAUCGCGGAAGUAUUUUGAUGAUAAUUACAAUAAAACGGAGUCUCUACGUGCCAGUAUACCUGAGCUUACCGAAACUUUGGAACGCUUUGGCACCGCUUUACUAACAACUGGAAUCCAUGCCAUGACCUUUUCAGGUGACCCUGUAUUUACAACCGCCAGUGGUGUUAUCAGCUCUCUCGCCCAGAUUAUUCGCAUGAUUGUGUUGUUAAGCAAUGCGGAUCGUCCCGAUCCCAAGUUCCAACGGAUGAUACAGGAGUUUACCGUGUUGAACGAUCGGUUAUCCUUGGUUGAGGCCAGAAUGGUGCAGUACCAUACGAUCUCACCCAUCAAGGAGGAAUACCGGGGACAUCUGCAGGCCAUGAGCAAUAUCAAGAACAAAGUGGAUGCCAUGAUGCGUAAUUCUAACAACGCCACACGCGAUGAAUUCCUCCGCGUCUGUGAACAGUACGCACCGGACAGUAUUCUCACGUGGAUGCGUGAUCGAGUGUCGGGACAGUAUCAUAACAUCCUGGGAGAUUUCCUCUUUGAUAUCGUUCAGGGAAUCGGAUACAAUCGUACAGCAUACGGAUUAUGGAUGCAGAGUAUCAUGGCAUUAGACACCCAGACCGUAAUGUAUCGUCUAAUGUACAUGCAGCUCAGCGGGAAAUUCGACAACAGCACAAUCGCUUUUCAAACUGAAUACAUGAAAACCCAAGUGCGCAGUAUUUACGAAGCGCUAAAAGCCACCGAUGCGCAUUUAAAAGCGGCAUACCCAUCACAACAACUGCAGCAUGAUAUCAAAUCCCAGUUGCUAACGGCCAAAUCACAGGGCCUGGGUACCAACAGCGCGGCCAAGAAGCUACAGGAGUAUUUAACCACGAAAUAUCCCUGGGUCCACUGGAUGGUGGCGCUGCAUGUACAAACCUGCUACUACGAUUUCUACCGCGCUGUUGCCAUCAAGAACCCCCUUGACGCCAUGAGCGGCGUCAAAUCCGGAAUGCUCUUCGUCCCGUCGGUCGGUGACUGGAACGCCCUAGUGGCCUGGAAGAGCGAACAGGAUCUGCGGGCUACGCCCAACCGGGAACGGGAGAUGUUCAGUCUACAGCGGGAAAUUCAUACCUAUGCGCAGCAGGACCGCUGGGAGCCGACCGUUGUCCGGGGGAUUCGGAAUGCCGGGAAAUUCCUGGAAGGGGUCCUGAAGGCGCAUCUGGAUAUUGCGCGGAUGAGCUGGAGUGGCGUGGCGGUGGUGAAGAAGGAGUGCGAGUUGGUGGUGGAGGCGCCGGUGAAUGAUCGACGCUUCUUUGCCAGUUUUACCGAGGGCUAUGAGUGCACGUUCGCCAAGAUGCCGUUUGUCUGUGGAUGGAUUGUGAUGUCGGGGGAAGCGCAUAUUAUUGUGUUUCCGGAAGCGGAUCCGAAUUCGGAUGCGUAUCUUAAUGAGGAGACGAGUGUUAUUAUUCAUCCUGCAGUAAAUGUUAAUUAAUCGCUAAGUUCUUAUUGUUAGCUUUGGUUGCCGUGAAGAGUUUUUGUCGUGAUGCAUAUAUAUAGCAAAGAUAUGUUAAAGGGAGGGCUGUCCACAGACAGGUAAAUUAUGAGAUAAGCAGAAUUUUGUAAAUAAAGUCAGACAUUUUGGUAC